GGAGGGAUCAGUGGGGCCGCCCCGCCGUGGCCAUCCCAGCCGCAGCUACUCUGGGCGGGUCUCCACUGAAGCAGAACCGCCAAGAUGAAGGCUGUGCUGUUCCUGCUCUGUGCCGGGGCCUGGCUGUUGCUGUCCCUGGGCCACACCAUCUCCGUGUCGAAGCUGAGCUCCUUAGAGGAGUUUCACUUUAAGUCAUGGAUGAUGCAGCACCAAAAGCAAUACAGCGCGAAGGAGCACCACCACAGGCAGCAGACAUUUGCCCGCAACUGGAAGAAGAUCAAUGCCCACAACAAGGGAAACCACACAUUUAAAAUGGCACUGAAUCAAUUUUCAGACAUGAGCUUUGAUGAAAUAAAACGCAAAUAUCUUUGGUCAGAGCCCCAGAACUGCUCAGCCACCAAAAGUAACUACUUUCGAGGUACCGGUCCCUAUCCAACCUCCGUGGACUGGCGGAAAAAAGGGAAUUUUGUCUCCCCGGUGAAAAAUCAGGGAGCCUGCGGCAGCUGCUGGACCUUCUCCACCACAGGGGCCCUGGAGUCAGCUGUGGCCAUCGCGAGUGGGAAGAUGCUAUCUCUGGCGGAGCAGCAGCUGGUGGACUGUGCCCAGGACUUCAACAAUCAUGGCUGCGAAGGGGGUCUUCCCAGCCAGGCCUUCGAGUAUAUCUUGUACAACAAGGGCAUCAUGGGUGAAGACACCUACCCCUACCAGGGCAAGGAUGGUCACUGCAGGUUCCAGCCCCAGAAGGCCAUCGCAUUUGUCAAGGAUGUCGUAAACAUCACGCUUAAUGAUGAAGAGGCAAUGGUGGAGGCAGUAGCCCUGUACAACCCGGUGAGCUUUGCCUUCGAGGUGACCGAAGACUUUAUAUCAUACCAAAGUGGAAUCUACUCCAGUACUUCCUGUCAUAAAACUCCAGAUAAAGUGAACCAUGCAGUACUGGCUGUCGGGUAUGGAGUGCAAAAUGGGGUACCCUACUGGAUCGUGAAAAACUCCUGGGGCACAGCGUGGGGACAGGAUGGGUACUUCCUCAUUGAGCGCGGGAAGAACAUGUGUGGCCUGGCUGCCUGUGCCUCCUUCCCCAUCCCUCAGGUGUGAGUCAGUGCCUGUGGAGACUAGCAGGUGGAGAGCAGCUGGCCUGCCCUGCAGUAUGGGUGAGGGUGUCCACCCUGAAGCCCCUUGCUUUCCACCCUCCCCUGUGCCGAGGAGGAGUCCUUGCAGCAAGAGCCUGCGUCUUCUGAUGGACAUCACCAGCCAUGUGCCUUCCCUGUGGUUUUCAAGGCAAUUGAGCCCCUUGGAUGAGGAUAUUCUUUCCAGAGGAGCCAUCCCAUGUGUGUGGAGUACUCCAGUAACCAUAUUUUCUAUGUUUUGUUCAAUAAAUGUUCAGAACCAGA